CUUGAUUAUUGUUGUCGUAGUAACGCCUCCAUUUUAGUCGAAUAUGGAGGGGAAAAUGGCAAUGGCUCGGACUCUACCGCCGCUUGCGGGGAGAGGGCCUUUAGGACCGAUGUCCCCUCGGAUGGGUCCUAAAUUUGAUGGAUUGACAGGACCAAGUUACAAACUUGGCGGCAAAUCAUACCCUCUGCCAAACCCAAAAGCAUUAAAGCCCUACGCCGAUACUACAGCAGGUGCAGUGGAUACCUGGCCGGCCCACGCUAGUGGACAUAAUGUGCCUCGUACAACACUGGUGCUUACAAAGAACAAAAGUCUUGUUUUAUAUGAUGAAGAUUUAAUGGGAAAGCCACAACUUAUACCAAAACCACGCUUCCUAGAACAGCUGGAGGGGUAUCUGAAAACAGAACUCAAGGCUCUGGGAGUGACACAAGUCCUACCUAAUGACCUUAGGCUGCAGGCCCACAGAGAAGUGUUCGAGUACCUGAUAGAAGAUUUCAAAACCUACAAACCACUGCUCUCCUCCAUUAAGAAUGAGUAUGAGAUGAUGUUGUCUUUUCAACGACAGCAGAUACGGGAGCUGGACCCACUCAAACAAAUGUUGGUGACAGUAUCUGAGCAGUGUGAUCAGAAGAUAAUGGCAAUCAGGGAGGAGGAAAAACAAGAGAUCCGAGAUCUAAAGAUGGAGAAUAAACGUCUGAUGGAGGUGAUCCAACAGAUGAACAAUGAACAGAAGGAUCUGUUGACCCAGGUAUCCAAGCUUCAGGAAGAUUUGGCAGCUGAAUACCACCGUUACCGUGACGAGUGUGAUGCGCGUAAACAGUUGGUGUCUGAUAUCAAUGACCUGCGCUACCAACAGGAUGAUUACAUGAUGUCCAAACAGUCAGCCUCCGAAGAGGCACAGGACGAUCCCAUGACACUCAAAAUAGCUCUCAAGAAAGCUCGAGAGGAUGAGAAAGCUGCCACAGAGCGACUCAACAACAUGGUCGCCAAUUAUGGUGAUGUCAUACCCAGAAGGGAUUUUGAACUCCUAGAAGCUAAAUACAACAAACUCCAAGAGCUCUACACAACAGCCCAGGAUGAUUUCGUCAAACUACAGAAGGAACAUGAUGCCCUAUUGGAUGUACACAAGACGGUGACGAAGCAGAGAGAUGAGUAUUACAUGGAGUGUGAGACAUUAAAACGAAGCUCCACCCCCAGACCUGACUGGGACAAGUGUGCUGACCAUGUCCAGGGAGGGAUGGCCAGGUGGCAGGAGUUGUCGAAGGGCAAGAGGAGCAAUGAGUUGGUCGAUGUCCUCAUUGCCGAGAUCGCAGCGGGAGGUGCUGGAGAUUUGGGAGGAGCUGAAUACUUUGAUGGACAGGGUACUGGUCCAACUGUGCCUAAAUACCUGCAAGUGGAAGGCCCUGUCCGUAAUCGGAGACUUGGCAAGCGCGACUGUUCUAUGCUCAUCAGAGACAUCUGGAGGGAAAAGGUGGCACAUGAUGCAGAGAGAACAGACGGCCAGAGAGAGGCCAUGGGUGAUUUCCUUGACACAUAUCUUCAGCGCCGUUUUGCCAUGCCUCAAAUGAAGACCGAAUGGGGAUACAACCUACAGGAUGCCUGUGAGAGAUACGCACACGACGAGCUCAUCGGCCUUUUCUGGGGAGUCCUCACCUUCAAUAUUGAUGAAGAGAUAUACCAUGACCAGAUGAAUAAGAUAGAGGAGUUGUUGAACCAUCUGACCAAUGCUGACAUGGAAAAGGGUAAUCAGGAGAAGAUCAGUAAGGAUGAGCUACGUCAGGGCCUGAGAUCCACCUUCCCUGGCAUGGAGGACGAGACACUCAUGGUCGCCAUGAAAGCAGCGGAAGUGGAGCUCGACUCAAAGGAAGAGGACAUAGAAUACAAGGAACUCUUUAAAGAGGACGAUGAGGGAAGGACAGGACCAUUCCUAGAGGAACUUAUGAAGUUUAUCAAACAAGAACGACUCACAUAUGUCGAGGAUAUCAAACAACAGUUAGCAGGCAUCAAUAAUGUGACUGUGGAUGAUCUGAAGAGAGCAUUAAGCCUGGCAGACCCUGAAAUAGACAAUACUCUCAUGGACAAAUAUCUGGCAUGGGCAUUCGAUACAACUGAAGAUAAAUUUAAUGAAGUUGAACCAAUUGAACAGUCAAAACUUGUGGAAAGGUUACGAAAUGGUUGUCUACACAGAGCUGGUAAAAAUAUGUGAUUUGAGUUUGGAUGCUAUGGCCGUGUUCAGGAGCUGGCCACUGUUUUCAUUCCUGGCGAGUCUGUACAUAGUUCACUUAUGGAAGUUUCUACAAAAGAAAAAAGUGCUGUGUAAAAUUAGAACAAAAACAUAGUUUUAAAACAAUUCAAAGAUUGUAUACAGAUCUAUAUUCAGGGAAAAGAAAGGAAAGAUAACACUUGGUUCAUUGAAAUCAUAUUUUGUUGAUAGCUCACAAACAGAUGUAGAGAUUUGUUACUGAUUGAACUAGUUUGAGAUAUAAAGAAACAUAUCUGAACAACAAAACUAUUAAGUUUACAGCAAAAAUGGUUUAUUGACUAGAAAAUUGUCAAAACUAUAUGUCGCAAAAUUUAAACAUGUGUAUCUCUUAUGAACUUAGUUUUCUAAAAAUGUUUAUGCACAAUUUAAUCAUAUGACACUGAUUAAAAUAUAUAUUUUCGAAAUACUUAUUUUUUAUGAAUUGUAUAAACACAUGAAUAAAAAAAUCUGCAGACUUACCUGUUGAAAAUUUUAUAGAACAUCUUAAUUAAAGUACUCAGGACUUGUAUAACGAUCAAUUUUAAUUAAACCCCCUGGAUAAUUACAAUAUGUUUCUCCCGAUUAGACAUCGACACUGACCUAUUACUGUGAUAUGUGUACUACUCAUGUGUAAUUGUUUCUACACCUGUACCAAGGUUGUUGACAUCUGUGUGGUCUCUUGUUGUGUACGUUUGUUUUAUUUAUAAUAUAAAUAACAUCACAUGAUGUUAAUUAAGUCAGUUAAAGAGAGUGUCAAUAGGUACAGUCAAAAGUCAAGUUAUAGUAAAUAUUUAAAAGUUCACAUUAAUUUACAUUGUUCGUGAUUUAACUUCAGUUUCAUUUAUCAGUUAUAACUCAGGAGUUAUAUAAUGAUUAAGUCUGAGUUUCCUUAGGCUACACCAGACAUGGUGUCGGCGCCAGAGGAAACUCGGGCUAAUAAUGAUAGAUCACAAUAAAUUUCACUUGAAGAGUUAUUCCCCUUUUUAUGGGAUUCUCUGUAGUAUUUAACAACUUCAGCCAGAAUGUCAAAAUGACCAGGAUUUUGUUUAGUGUCAUCAAUUAUCACGUCAAAAGUUUGAUUCAGUUAUUGUUAUGUCAAAAUCAGCAACUCUGCCAAUUAUUUUAUUCUUUCUUGUAAUAUUUUUUUAAUCAAUUGACCUUUUAUAUAGUGUCUUAUACACUCUGCCCAUAUUGUCUGUGAUAUCUGUUACACUGUACAUAGUUGUAUAUAAUUAUCAUGUCCAGCAUUAUUGUAAAUUCAGGUCAUUAUAUAGACAUUAUUAUAACUCAGCACCUGUCUACAACAUACUGAUCUGAGGAUGUACAAUAUGUAUGAUCUAAGGAUGUACAAUAAUUGUAUGAUCUGAGGUUGUACAAUAUGUAUGAUCUAAGGUUGUACAAUAUGUAUGAUCUGAGGUUGUACAAUAUGUAUGAUCUAAGGAUGUACAAUAUGUAUGAUCUAAGGUUGUACAAUAUGUAUGAUCUGAGGUUGUACAAUAUGUAUGAUCUGAGGUUGUACAAUAUGUAUCAUCUAAGGAUGUACAAUAUGUAUGAUCUGAGGUUGUACAAUAUGUAUGAUCUGAGGUUGUACAAUAUGUAUGAUCUGAGGUUGUACGAUACGUAUGAUCUGAGGUUGUACAAUAUGUAUGAUCUGAGAUUGUUCAAUAUGUAUGAUCUGAGGUUGUACGAUGGCAGUGUGCUAUACUUACAUAUUUGUGGUAUGAAAGCGUGUGUGUGUGACGUGACACAGGAAGGACUGAUGUUUCUUUGUAUUGUUAUCAAAGAAAAUGAUUCAAAUGAAAUAAAUUUCACAAUUUAUCAAACAACAA